AUGGACUUUCGAAACCCCUAUAGAGAAGAAACUUCAAUUCAGGAUAAUGCUAUUCGUGAAACUAACGAUGAUGCCACUACAAGCAAAUUUUCAGCAAUAAAUACAGGAUAUAUAAAAGACGAUUUUGUUAAAUUUUUUGUUAAAAAACCUGCCAGAAGACCACCCAUUAUUAACAGAGGAUCUUAUGUUCGUAAUACGCAAUUGGAUUUUUUAAUUACAAAAUUUUUGGAUAUUGAGGGAUCCGAUGUAAAGAAACAAAUAGUUUCACUUGGUGCUGGAUCAGAUACGAGAUAUUUUCAUUUCAAGUCAUUAUCUCGAAAAUUCUAUAAAUAUUUUGAAAUUGAUUAUCCCGAAAUUACAUCCAAAAAAGUUUUUACAAUUCAUAAACAUAAAGAAUUAUUUAAUUUGAUUGGAAGUGACGCUAAAAUAGGAAAAGGAGGCACAGAAAUUUACGCGUCAGAUUAUUGUUUGUUGGCAGGGGAUCUUAGAAAAUUUGUUGAAGUUUUGGUGCCAAGAAUGGAAUCCAAUGGAUUUGAUCGCAGUCUUCCAACUUUAUUCUUAUCUGAAUGUGUAAUGAUUUACAUGGAUCCCGAAGAUUCCAAUAAAAUUGUUGAAUGGGCCGGUGCAAAUUUAAUAUCUACAAUGUUUUUAGUUUAUGAACAAAUUUUGCCAAAUGAUGCUUUUGGAUCUACCAUGUUACAAAAUUUAAAACUUCGGAAUAUAGAACUUCGUGGAAUACACGCCUAUCCUGAUCUUGAAAGUCAAAAGUCAAGAUUUUUAUCACGGGGAUGGAGCCAUGCCGAAGCCAUUGAUAUCAAUGAAAUUCAUGAUUCCCAUAUUGACUCGAAGGAACUUGCACGGAUGUCAAAAUUGGAAAUUUUGGAUGAAUUAGAAGAAUGGCAUCUCCUUGCAGCGCAUUAUUGUAUUGCUUGGGCUUAUAAAGUAAUAGAUGAAUCCCAAAAAUUACUUUAUGAUAAAGUACGUUUUGUUGAUUACAGAAAAAAAGAACGUAAAGGACAGUCUUGUUAA